CUGUCUCUAUAUUCUAUCCACAUCAACCUGUACCCUUCUUUAACUUUGAGAUUUUCUCUUCUCCCUUCUGUUUGGUACUCAAGAAAAAACUCUCAGAAACCAAGAGAUGGGUUUUUCAAGGAAAGAGUACGAGUUCUUGAGUGAGAUUGGAUUGAGUUCUAGCAAUUUGGGUUGUUUUGUGAAUGGCAUUUGGAAAGGAAAUGGCCCUACGAUUUCCACUGUUAAUCCUGCUAAUAAUCAGAAAAUUGCAGACGUCUGUGAGGGUUCCAUCCAAGAUUAUGAGGAAGGGAUGCAAGCUUGCAGUGAAGCAGCAAAGAUUUGGAUGCAAGUUCCAGCCCCUAAGAGAGGCGACAUUGUUCGGCAAAUAGGUGAUGCAUUAAGAUCCAAACUACAGCAACUUGGCCGCCUUGUUUCUCUUGAGAUGGGAAAAAUUCUUCCUGAAGGAAUUGGGGAAGUUCAAGAAAUCAUUGACAUGUGUGAUUUUGCUGUGGGGUUGAGCCGGCAAUUGAAUGGAUCGGUAAUACCUUCAGAACGUCCAAAUCACAUGAUGUUGGAGAUGUGGAAUCCCCUCGGAAUUGUUGGUGUAAUUACGGCAUUUAACUUCCCAUGCGCUGUUCUUGGAUGGAAUGCCUGCAUUGCACUGGUGUGUGGAAACUGCGUUGUCUGGAAAGGUGCUCCAACCACUCCUCUGGUCACAAUAGCAAUGACAAAGCUAGUGGCUGGAGUUUUGGAAAAUAAUAAUUUACCCAGUGCAAUUUUCACAUCAUUUUGUGGCGGUGCUGAAAUUGGGGAAGCAAUUGCAAAAGAUACACGCAUUAAUCUACUUUCAUUCACAGGGAGUUCAAAGGUGGGCUUAAAAGUACAACAAACAGUAAAUGAGAGAUUUGGUAAAUGCUUGCUUGAACUAAGUGGAAACAAUGCAAUAAUUGUCAUGGAUGAUGCCGACGUACCAUUAGCUGUUCGGUCUGUACUAUUUGCUGCUGUGGGUACUGCUGGUCAGCGAUGUACCACAUGCCGUAGACUGCUUCUUCAUGAAAAUAUAUAUCAGACUGUAGUUGACCAGCUACUUGAUGUGUACAAACAAGUUAAAAUAGGGGACCCGUUAGAAAAGGGUACCUUGCUUGGGCCACUGCAUACUUCUACUUCAAGGAAGAACUUUGAGAAAGGAAUAGAGACGAUCAAAUCACAGGGGGGAAAGAUUCUUACUGGUGGUGGUAUAAUAGAGUCCGAGGGGAACUUUGACAACAAGCUGCCGUCUGAAACUUCAAUUUUGCAGACUUUGAAGGAAGCAAUUGAAAUAAACAACUCUGUUCCUCAAGGAUUGAGCAGUUCCAUCUUCACUCGUAAACCCGAAUUCAUUUUCAAAUGGAUCGGGCCACAAGGAAGUGACACCGGUAUUGUGAAUGUGAACAUUCCUACCAACGGGGCUGAAAUUGGUGGUGCUUUUGGCGGCGAAAAGGCUACAGGAGGGGGUCGUGAAGCCGGCAGUGAUUCUUGGAAACAAUAUAUGCGACGCUCAACCUGCACAAUAAAUUACGGGGACGAGUUACCGCUGGCUCAAGGAAUCAAUUUUGGCUAGGAAUCUGCACAUGGUAAAAGCACAUAUUAACCAUUUUCAUGCAGCAUUAAACUAUCCUUCGAACUCCUCUUUAUGUACCUGCUGUAAUAAUUCUGAUCACAGAAGCACAUUACUUUGGCUCUGUCACAUCGUUCUCUUCGUGUUUUUAUAAUAUUAUCAAGUAUGAAAAUAUAAAAGUAUUGUCUUGCAA